UGCAAAGCCCGUGAGGGAAAUUGCCGCUCAGGAGCUGCCCCCACAACCUGCCGUUUUUACAAGGAGCUGGAUGCCAUACUUGGGUGUGACCCCACUGCCAAUCUGAGGAGCACGAUGGAGAGUUCAGAGCAGGGAGAAGUGGGGGAGGGUGUAGAGGAAGCCGACAGUGAGGCUACUGGUGUGGAGGGAGACACCCCGGAGUCCCAGGAGGCAUGCAGCCAAGAGCUCUUCUCAAGCCAGGAGGAGGCUAGCCAGUCGCAGCAGCUGGAAGUUGCUGGUGAGGAAGAAGCUGCGGAGUGUGCUCGGGUGACCUUGACUAAUGCAGCCGGAUCACUGGCCUCACGUCGCUUGCAGAACUUGAGAAAAAAUCCGCGAAAAUCAAAAGAAGAAUUGAUCAAAGCAGUUAUGAUUCACUACAACAGAGAAAGUAGGAAGACGCAGGAAUGGAGAGAGAAAAUGUAUGAGUGGAGGCAAACAGAAAGCAGGAGAAAGGAAUUGGCUACCAAAAAAACCUCAAAGCACCUGAUAAGCCUCCUGUCUCGCCAGACUGACUCUUUCGAGUCUCUCGUAGCCAUGCAGGCAGAUCUGUACCGUGGUAACCCACACCCCUCCCAAAGCUCUCUUUCUUGUUCCCCAGUAUUUGCACAAAACACCUUUCUCCAGCAGCCAGUUUCUUAUUACCCCCAGCUGCCCCCAACACCUGUACGAUCACCUACCAGCCCUGAUAACUACAAUUCUUACCCUGUGCACUCCACCCCCAUUACUCUUCAGCAUAGUAAUCCUGAAGUGCAGCAGACAUUGAACAGUAAUCCAAACAGGACAUAUUCAAACCUCUGAAUGUACAGUCCACCACCCUAACCCCCCUGGCCUUUUAUGUACUGUACUUUGAAUAAAGGA